CUGUCUUCUACAUUAUGCAAAAUAGAGGCAUACAUUGUUACCUGUGAACCCCUUGUGCACACAAUAUGAAUCCAGAGCGGGAAAGAUGGCCCCACCUCAGUGGCGAUGACAACUACUAUAUAGAGAGGUCAUCAGAGAAUGCAUAAUACAUUGAAGUUCUUGCUGAAAAACAUGAAAGCCAUAAAUAGUAUAAAAAAUGGGGUGUGAUAUCAUAAAAAAAAGAUUGUAAGAUCUUACAGAUGUAACUGUAAGAAUUCAAAAAACAAUGGAAGCUCAAGACGUACGUCAAAUACAGUAAAUGCUGGAUUACCAUUUAAGCAAAGUGGGCAUCUGUCCCAGUUAAUGGGAGCCCAGCAGCAAAUGUUUCCCCCGAUGCCUUCUAGCAGGUUGAUCAGGCAAUGAUUAAAAACCAAAAUAAAGUGCAGGUGUGCAUGUCUCUGUAUUACAUUGAUGACUUACAGUAUUUGCCAACAACAAUUUACAAUAUUGGAAAAAUGAAGAUGGUGAUGGGGACUUCCAUGGUGGCUAUAACUGCUGAACUCUUCCCAGGCUUGUUUGGCUAUCAGAUCCAGUUCUGCUUUGCAUACGGCUGCAGAGGAGCCACUAUUUUCAUAUGAGAUAUAUAAUUCUACAUUAAACACUAACCAGAGGAACACUGGGCUCUUCUUUUGUGCCUGCUUUUGGAAAAGAAAGGAUUUUAGGUAUUGAAACAACAUAUGAGGACUUAAUGCACAUUAUGCAUUAAUGCAGCACUUACAGAAACCAAAGCUUCAUGCCGGUUGGAACUGAUGAAACUAUGGGAGUGAACAAUGGAUUGGCUCUGCUGGAAGAAGAACAACAGGAAACAUCUACAGACAAAAAAACAAUACCCCAGCUACUUGGGAUAAUCUACAAACCUCGCUGCAGGGGGGGAGCUGCUGAAGUCCCAGCAACAUUCUCAACACUUCAGCAAAUAAAACUGAAAUUAUCAGCAUGGCUGGAUUCCAUCAGAGGCUGGUUCAGUCAGUACAGACAGCUGGCUCAUUACUUCUCUCUGCUCUGCUUUCUGCUCACCAUGGUGACUCUGCUCCAGACUUUCUGCUUGGUUCAGAUCAUCUUGGUGUUCCAGUCACAGUCAGCCCUGCAGGAAACCAAACUGGAGGAUCUGACAAACAGACUGGAGAAGCUCAACCAGUCGUACCACCUCCUGUUCUCCCAGUAUCCAGCUCUGAACCAGUACUGCCCAGUCAGCAACUCCACCACCGGUGAGAGAGUGUGCAGCCCAUGUCCAGCUGGCUGGACGCCUCAGGGAGAGAAAUGUUUCCUGUUCAGUCAGGACAGGAUGGACUGGAUCAGCAGCCAGUACCGCUGCAUGGCACUAGGGGGCGCUGUGGCCACAGUCAGAACAGAGGAGGAGCAGGUGUUUCUGUGGAAAAAGGCCCAGAGUCUGAGCCAGGGAGACUCGUACUGGCUCGGCCUGAGAAGCGGUGGUGGUGACGGGGGCUGGCAGUGGAGUGACGGCUCCCUGGUGGGGAAGGGACCACAGUUUUGGGAGCGUGAGCCUGAUAAAACAGACAGCAGGGAGCUGUGUGGUCGACUCACCCCAGGAGACAACUACAGGACGAGCUGGUUCACCUACAGAUGUUCCAACAAGAUCAGGAGGAUCUGUGAGAGGAGACAAGCUACUCUACAGUGA